GCUACUAGCCAUGUGCGCCAGGGCCAUUGUCAAUCAAUAACGCAUGGACUCGGGGUAAAGCUCUAGUCAUAGACAGAGAAGUGCUUGAACACGUUAGACGGCCAGAAUUGAGGUGCUCCUCUUGUUGACAGAACUUUGUAUUGAAAGAGGCCAAAUAAAGCCCUGUAUUCGACCAAUACAGCCGUGUGGUGGCACUUGAAAGAGCUCGGUUUCAGGCUGUGUGAAAGUGAACCUUUCUACAUACAGUCAUUCUGGCAGGAACACACGCUGAUCAACAGAUUGCUGUCAUGCCCAUUUGUGUCUGAGGGAGGGAAGCCUGUCGCAGCCUGCCUGACCCAAUCCUACCUGUGGACCCGUAACCACGGAGGCCUCCACCAUUCGUCCCAGCAGCGCCUGUCCGUGCCAGCUGUGCAGCAGCAGCGGCCAGUCCCAGUCCCUCGCCAGCCCUGCCAACGCUGCCACCCUGGCCACGCUAGAGAGAGAGUAUGCUGUCUACCACCCGUUUGGGGCACCGACCUCCGGUGUUACAAUGGGUCAUGGACUUGAAGCUUCCGAAAUGAAAAUGACUGGAGGACUGUCACACCACUCACCUGGUCACACCACACUGUCCAUGGUAAACUGUACAACCGCGACCUCUCAUCACGGUCACCAUGUCCAAGCAUCCGGUGGAUCGGACGGUAAUGAAAUGGGUAAUAACUCAUCUUCUGGCAGCAACAACAAGAAAGAUCUUGAUCGGGUUAAACGGCCGAUGAAUGCCUUCAUGGUUUGGUCUCGAGGCCAACGUCGUAAGAUGGCCCAGGAACACCCCAAGAUGCACAACUCGGAAAUUAGCAAGCGACUGGGUGCUGAAUGGAAGCUGUUAUCGGAAGCAGAGAAACGGCCUUUUAUCGACGAAGCUAAGCGCUUGCGGGCGCUGCAUAUGAAAGAUCACCCUGACUACAAGUACCGGCCCCGAAGGAAGACCAAAUCCAUGAUGAAGAAGGACAAAUAUCCCUUGGCCAGUGGCCUUCUGCAUUCAGAUGCACGGAACCAAGCAGCAGCUGUGCAACAGGUAAACCGUGAAAUGUACCAAAUGAACGGCUACAUGCCCAACGGUUAUCCUAGCAUGAUGCACGAAGCAUACCAACACCAUGCGGCAGCAGCCGGCUACGGGACCCAGAUGACGGCUAGUAGUGGACUUUACCCUCGGUACGACAUGACCCAGGUGCCCACCUCUAUGACAACAGGGGCUAACAUGCCCAUGUCGUACAUGAACGGUAGCUCUAGUUACUCCUUGCCCAUGUCAUCCUAUUCACCCAUGCAGGGCGCUAGUCCCAUGUCAGUUCCAGGCACCAUCAAGACGGAACAUAGUCCAAGUCCAGGGCCCGGACCCCAAACCCCACCUUCAGCCAUGACUGCGGCCGCCGUAGCAGCUGCGACCGGAAGAAGACCCGGGUGUGGCCCUGAUCUCCGUGACAUGAUCAGCAUGUAUCUACCUGGCGAUGCCAAUGACCCCAAUGUCCAGAGACUUCAAAUGCAAAGUCAUUAUCCACAUCAUCAUAGUGACAAUGUAGGGCCAGGAAGCAUGCCUUUAACGCACAUGUAGUGUUAUAAGACUUUUGCUAUUCCGUUGGACUGUAGACAGUUCCACAAGGAUUUGCUCUUACGAAAAAGUGUAUUCUCCUGUGGCAAAUAGAGAAUCCAUAUGUCAGGUCCUGAUGAACACUUCUUGCAGAAGAAGCGAGACCGACUAUAAUAAUCCUUCUGACCACGAACAAUCUACACGUAAGUAAAGUAUGCGUUAAAGCAGGCGACUCUUCAGAUUAAGCAAUCUCGACAUUAUACACAUAUGUGAAUGUAUAUAUAAAUAUAACGUGCACCUGCUUUGUGAACGACGUCACCGGCCGAUAUAAAUGUACUAUAAUAUGCGUAUAUGUAUGUCAGAAUUUACACGCACAUAUAUGUAUUUGUGUAUAUGCAUAUAUAUCGGGUUUGAUGACGGAAAGCUUUGAAAGGUAACUUGUAUAGUUAUGUAUAUAUGUAUAUAUAUAUAUAUAUACACACGCACAUAUAUAUAUAUAUAUAUA